GGCGGGGGCGGCCUCCGGAGGCGGCGGGAGCAUGGAGCCGCGGGCCGGCUGCCGGUUACCGGUGCGGGUGGAACAGGUCGUCAACGGCGCGCUGGUGGUCACCGUGAGCUGUGGCGAGCGCAGCUUCGCCGGGAUCCUGCUGGAUUGCACGAAAAAGUCUGGCCUCUUUGGCCUAUCUCCAUCUACUCUACUGCCUCUGGCUGACAACUCUUCUGCCAUCAGCUGUCAUGGCCAGGUUCCUGAGGAGGGAACUGGAGAAGUGAUGCAGCUGGAGACAGGACCUCUGCAUCCUCACCACAAAGACCCUGAGAAGGAUCAGCCUCCGAAGACAGCUGUGCCCGAGCCACCCCCACCUCUUAUACCACCUGUGCCUGCCGGGAACCUGCCUCCCUUUCCACCAUACUUUGAGGGUGCCCCCUUCCCCCACCCACUAUGGCUAAGGAACACCUACCAGCAGUGGGUACCGCAGCCCCCACCCAGGACCAUCAAGCGGACCCGUCGGCGACUUUCCCGAAACCGGGAUCCUGGCAGACUCAUUCUUAGCACAAUCCGCCUGCGGCCACGUCAGGUACUGUGUGAGAAGUGCAAGAGUACUGUGAGUCCUCAGGAGGCAAGUCCUGGCCCCCUGAACACCCCCAAACCCCGCCGGAGGCUAGGCAGUGGCCCUGACAGUGAACACCGAAAGCCAGAGGAACCAGAAGACAGUGCUGUCAUAGCUAUGGCUGCCCCGAGGAGGAGCAAGAGGGAGAAGCGGGAAGAGGACAGGGUUGCUGGGGAGCGUGUUCCGAGGAGCCCAGUCAUCAAAAUCUCCUACAGCACACCACAGGGUAAGGGUGAGGUGGUCAAGAUCCCAUCCAGAGUGCAUGGCUCCGUGGAGCCCUUCUGCCCCCAACAGUCUCUACAAAAUGGUGGCCAGGACUCAGAGGUAUCAAGGGAUGUGGAGCCCAGGGGUGGUGGAGACCGACCACCCAGCGGGUCUUCAGCCUCCAUCCCCAAACUGAAGCUGACCCGUCCAGUGCCUCCUACCUCUGACCUGCCACCUCCCAAAAUCCGCCUGAAGCCCCACCGGCUGGGGGAUGGAGAGCAUGAGCCCUUGUACCGGGCUGAGCUGGUGGAGGAGCUGAACGGAUGCCCACGAGGUCCACUGGCCAGCUCGCCUGCUCUCCUUGCCGAUGGCUCUACCCAUGGGCUAGAGGACUUGUCUUCUGGAAGUUCUGGUGAGGACGAUGACCUCAAGAGGUUCCCCCAAGGUAAACAUGGCCGUGAUGGCUUGGCUUUUCUCGUGGACUGCCCUGGGAGGAGAACAGACUGUACUAGUGAAUCUGUGUGCAGCACCGACAGCCUGGAUGAAUUAAAAUCAUCUGGUUCAGAAGUGACAUCUCCAGACACAGGAGACAUGUCAUCUGGCGACAGUGCCUCUGUUCCUUCAUCUUCUGCUGACACUCGCCAGACAGUCCCUCCCCUCACGGUCAGGCUGCACACGCAGAGCGUCUCACAGUGUGUGACUGAAGAUGGAAGGACGGUGGCUGUAGGGGACAUUGUGUGGGGUAAGAUUCAUGGUUUUCCUUGGUGGCCAGCGCGUGUCCUUGACAUCAGCCUUGGCCAGAAGGAGGAUGGAGAACCCUCUUGGCAAGAAGCGAAAGUCUCAUGGUUUGGGUCUCCAACUACAUCAUUCUUGUCUAUUUCAAAACUGUCCCCUUUCUCUGAAUUUUUCAAACUGAGAUUUAACCGUAAGAAGAAGGGGAUGUAUCGGAAAGCUAUAACUGAGGCUGCAAAUGCCACACGACACGUGGCCCCAGAAAUAAGGGAGCUCUUGACCCAGUUUGAAAUGUAACUUUGGUUCCAAGAGCAGGUCACCGACAGUGAGGGUGCAGCUGCUGUCCCGGAACUUCUGACUUCUGUCCCGGGGACCCAUGUGUCUCUGGCUGGCUGUGUGCAGAAACAUGCUGGGCGCAGUGGCUGGCCUGCCUCCAGAGGAGCAGGUGUGCAUGGGGAGGGACCCAGCUUCGGGCACCUGGCUCCUCUCAGCUGAAUGUAUCUGUUCAGGCUUCAGCGUUCCUAGCCGAGAAGUGUCCUGGAGCUUGGUGACACGUCUGCUGCUUUGUGUGCUAGCGGCUGGCUGUAAGGCUUAGGCAUCCUCAAACAGAAACAGGGCUUUCUGCCCAGCCUGUGAAACUCCUGGUAUGGGUGCUGGGCCUUGCUACAGGGCAUCCUCCUGUGCCUGGCCUCCGUUAUUCAGCACGAGCUGCCCUUCAGGCUCGAGGAAACCAAAUUGCACGUACGGGGUUCUCCUCCAGCCCUUGGGUACGGGUCUCUGUGCACUUGAGCCAGGAACCUAGUCGCAUCUCUUCCACAUUCCACUCAAAGCAUGGGUCCCUGGCUCCCAGCCCCAGCCUGCGGGGCCGCCUUGGUCUGAGAUGCUGCUAUGUCACCAGGACUGGGAAGGGGAGAGGGAGGGCAGAAGUGAAAACAGGCCUCAGGUUAGGAGAUACUACUCUGCCCUGUGAGGCCACAUUCCUUUCCCCUCUGUCACUUCCGAGACCAAAAAGAAAACAGAAAGAAAAGAAAACUGUCUCUGCUCCUUUGUCUAAGCAUGAAAAGAAAUAAACAGGAGUCUAAGUUGAGGCUCUUGCCUGAAUAGUUCAAAGCUGCUGCACCUGCCUGACCUGUGAGAGAGGUGACAAUCCUCUAAAGAGGUGGAGAAGGGCCCUGGCCCUCCCGUCAAGGUGGCACUGUGCCUGUUGUAUUGCUCACUCAGGGUCACCUGACAGGAUGCAAAUCUGAAGCUAGGACACUCUUUGCUCUAGGCAGUAGGUUCAGUCUCCUGCCUCAGGGCUUACUCUUGGUUUUCC